CUCUCUGGUAAGGUUUGCAUAUUCUGUGACGUCCAAGAUGGCGCUCCCACGUUCGUUUUUGCUGUUUCUGUCGCUUCUGCUUUUGACCCAACUGUCUUCCUUCGUUUCUGCUGCUCCAUGGAUUGUUACUGCCGACUAUGAGGAGGCCGUCUAUACUGAGACUUACGCCUAUGAGACCCUCACCGACACCCAAAUUGAGCAAAUCACUCCUACUGCGACGUCUAUGCCGCAGGCCAUCUCAACUAUCACCUCUACCGGGACCUCUGGCUACUACGAUGAGGAUGUCACAAUCAUCCAAAAACUUUACCCAACCGGCGUCGGAUCAAACGUCUACGACGAUAACUAUGGCUACGGCGAUGGCUACGGCUACGGCGAUGAAGACGAAUACCAGAGCACCAUGUUCGCCGUCAACCUGACCUACACAGCACCCACUGGUUGCUCGUCGCAGUGGACACAAACCACUGCGGUUGAAGUCAUUCCACCCGCCGAGGUGCAAGACCUGCUCCCACGCACCGCCGUUGCCACUUCUAUCUCCGUCGACUCCAGCGAGCCCUUCCAGCCCACCACAUACACGAUCGACAUCGUCUACGUCGACCCCACCCAGAUCCCCAGCAGCUCCCUGGAGUCAAUGAGUCGAUAUAAUCGACCUACGUCCUUGUACAGCGGCUCGGGCUGUGCCUACACCGGCACUGGUGGUUCCGAGUACAACUACGGCUACUACAACUAUGGCUACGACGACGGCUACGGCAACUGGUUCACCGACAGUUACUGGAUAGGCAUUUCCCCUCUGGCCCUCACACUCAUUCUUUCCAUUGGCUGGAUCGGCCUGUUCUUGAUCUGCGGCUUCAUCGAAGCCUGGGUCCGUUUUCGCCGUCUGAUGAUGGGCUGGCAGACACGCCGUGGACUUCCCGUCUGCUGGGCACUCACUAUCAUGCCCAUCACCCUGCUACUGCUGUGCUUCUUCCGAAAGGGCUACCGUGCUCGUUCCCAGGCCGAUGGCGAGAUCCUGAAGAAGCGUUGGAAGGCGAUGGGCUUCGGGACUAAGCUGCGUCUCUUCUUUGUCUGGGGUUUCCGAUUCAAGUACCCGCCCAUGCUUGGUCCCGCACCCGCCCGCGUCAAGACCAGCAAGCAGCCGGAAAAGAACCCCGGUCCUCGUCUUUUAGAGGAGAGCCCUGUGCCCAGUGAAGCACCCCAGUCACGCGACGGGUCAACGGCUGCGCCGGCUGAUCUUCCUGCUGUUGCUACUGCUUCUGCUGCGUCUGCUGCUUCUACUGCUGACCCAGAAAUGGCGACGACGUCCCCGGCUCCGGUGGAGAAUGAAGAACCCCAAGCGCAGGCUGCUGCUGCGUCCGGAGCGCUCCCUCAUCACCAAGAUGAAGAGUCUGGCCGACCCAACUGAGGCGUCAAGGUGAAGCAUGGUAGUUGCAAACACAUAAGCACUGAUUAGCAUCUGUGCCAAAACUGCAGUCAGCAGCUUGACCCUCACUCUAUUAUUCUAUACCCUGAAGAGGACCUGUCUUUCCUUUAUACUCCUCACCGCAGGGAAGCCAUCAUCUAAUGUCUUAAUGUACCUAGUAAUUCUGUCAGCAGUGCCGGAGGUUAGCGCCUGCCAGUGACUGCCUCUUAGCUAGCUGAUCACAUAUCAUCAAUCCAACAACCCUAUGGCCUCGUUUCUUUAAUGUAGGCUCCGGUCGUCUGGUUAUGAGCCUAGUUACUUAACUUCAUUAAAUUUUAAUCAAAUUC